CCCGAAGAGCCUGGGUGUGUGGCUUGAAUCCAACUGACGGGCCGCGCGAGAAACCGAAGGGGUCGAAGCCGGCUCCCGAAGGACCUGCCAACCGGCGUGAGGUCCUGGGAUUUGGUUUCGUGGCCGAAGAAUGGAAGGCGAGGAAAUUGUGUGGGAUUUCGGCUCGUGUGGGAUUUGCUCAGCUCGUCCCGGGGACGGGGAAAAGGGUGGAUUUCGCAGCAGGCCAGGGGUGACCUGGGAGACCGUGUCCAGCAGCGGAGACGCUGGAGAAGAGGGCGAGGCUGGGCACAGGUGAAGGAUGCUCAGCCGUGAGCCCGUCACGCAGCUGUGGAGACGAGACGCGGUUUCCGGGUCCUGCCCCGGGGUGAUGGCCGGGUGCUGGUGCCACCGACGGACGCAGAGAAGAGAGGCCGGGUUGGCGGGGGGCCCGUGUGACUUUCUGGUCUACCCGCUGGCCGCUGCGGCUCCAGAGAGAGGUGAGAGCGGGAGGUGCGGGUGGGAGGGAAGCCGAGAGCGGACGGCCCAAGGAGGGGGUCGGCCCUGGAUCGCCCCCGGAGCGUGAACCGGCAGAGGAAGAGGACGGGGGAGGAGACAGGGAUGGAGAAGGGGAAGACCAGGGUGACACCGGGUGGGGGAGGGGCAGCCACAGCAGGAGGGAGGAGUUGUCCCCGGGGUCAACGCUCGGGCUGCCCCCCUCCCACUAAGAAGUGACCGGAGGUGUCUGGGUGCGUUUACGGGUCAGGAGUUCAGGCUACGGGACGACGGAAGAGAAAGCAGAUUAGCUUCGGUCGCCAAACGAAAUCCCGCCCUGCCCUGUGAGGCUGUCCCUGCGGUACAGACGAGGAACGGACGCCGGGCGAGUGGAGAGGGUGUUACUUCUGUCCGAUGGGACUUGCCCAGCCCGCAUCCCCCGUUCUCUGUGUGGCCUCUGCCGUCCAGCUAGGUUGUCCGAGUUGGUUCUCAACAGCCUCUGAAAAACAGCGUUGUGUACGUUUGUCCUCCUGAGGCUAUUUUUCAGUUAGAGAUCCGUGUUAAUGAACUCUGAUGGGGCAAAAUGAAACGUUAAUGAUUACGUGGCGUCCGAAAAAUAGUCGCACCGUGCCUCUUUCAGUGGCAGGUGGUGUGUGUGUGAAGAGAACACGCGUUAAAUACCAAGGUACACACGGUGUCUACAAUCACAGGACCCACGCAGAAGUUUGAGAGAUCUCGUUAAAUGAAGUCCCUUCCAGGGAUCUGGAACCUCAGUAAUCUGUCGUCCUGUUGGCCCGCAAUCGGCCCAAGGUCGGCGGGGAGGCGGCCAAAGCAAAGGCAUAAACGUCACUUUAAGGAAAGACACCGGCUGUGGGGAUUCCUUCUUCCAGACUCGGAAGUGUACCUCGCUUUCUCUCCCUUGAUUAAAAAGGACAGGGGGGUAAAGAGCCGAGUCUCCUGAACAGAUAGUGCUAGAAGAUGCUACCUGACUCCAGUCUGGCUGCAAGUUUUGAAGCUCUUCCAAAACAUCUUGUGCCUUACUCGGUUCCCUCCCCUUCCUGCUGUUUUGCAGAUACAUCCACUAGGGAAUUAUGUGGCAGGAAGGCGUGAUUUUAUUUAGUGAGCCCUUGAUUCCUGGUUUGUGCAGCACCUGCAAGCAGCCCGUGGCCCUGGGGUUCAGCUCAGCUCCAUCAUCUGAAACAUGAGGACCUGGUUGCUUCUGCUCGCCGGCGGGAUCUGCAUGGGAAACGUGAACGCACAGGACACGUGCAGGCAGGGGCACCCUGGCGUCCCUGGGAAUCCCGGUCACAAUGGUUUGCCCGGGAGAGAUGGACGAGAUGGAGCAAAGGGCGACAAGGGAGAGGCAGGAGAACCAGGACAUCCUGGUGGUCCAGGGAAAGAUGGAAUGAAUGGAGAGAAAGGAGAACGAGGAGCAGACGGAAAAGUCGAAGCCAAAGGCAUCAAAGGCGAUCAAGGCUCCCAGGGACCCCCAGGAAAACACGGGCCCAAGGGAUUUGUUGGUCCCAUGGGAGAGAAAGGCCUCCAGGGGGAGACUGGCCCUCGAGGGCCAAAGGGGGAGAAAGGCGACGUGGGGCCCACUGGUCCUCAGGGGCUACAGGGCCACACUGGGCCUUCGGGGCCAACUGGUCUACCUGGCCCCAUGGGCCCCGUCGGAAAGCCUGGCCCCAAAGGAGAUGCUGGGCCCCUCGGGCCCCAGGGGGAGCCGGGAGUCCGGGGGAUGAGAGGCUGGAAAGGGGACCGAGGCGAAAAAGGGAAAAUCGGCGAGACUCCCGUCUUGCCCAAAAGCGCUUUCACGGUGGGCCUCACGGUACUGAGCAAGUUUCCGGCUUCAGAUGCGCCCAUUAAAUUUGAUAAGAUCCUGUACAACGAAUUCAAUCACUACGAUGUAGCCACAGGGAAAUUCACUUGCCACGUUGCCGGGGUCUAUUACUUCACCUACCACAUCACUGUCUUCUCCAGGAACGUUCAGGUAGCUUUGGUCAAAAAUGGGGUAAAAAUCCUGCACACCAAGGACGGCUACAUGAGCUCGGAGGACCAGGCGUCCGGAGGCAUCGUGCUGCCCCUGAAGCUGGGGGACGAGGUGUGGAUGCAGGUGGCAGGAGGGGAGAGGUUUAACGGCUUGUUUGCGGAUGAGGACGAUGACACAACUUUCACGGGCUUCCUUCUGUUCAGCCAGUGACGGGGAGGCGGUUAGACUCUGCUCACCACCCAUUGGAGACGGCUUCGUGAAAAUGCUGUCCAAUGAUUCUACUCUACGAAGCACCCUCAUUACUGUAAUCAUCACAGAGCGGCACCCAAGUGCUCGUGUCGGGGCGCCCGGCUGGCUCAGCUGGGGGGGGGGCCUUGCAGCUCUCGAUCUCGGGGUUGUGAGUUCAAGCCCCGUGUUGGGUGUAGAGAUUACUUAAGAAUAAAAUCUUCAAAAGAUGCCUGCAUCAUCUAUUAUAAUUCA